UGUUUUGGCAGUGGGAUUCAGUCGUGAAACGCUAUAGAUAUUUAUGGUCAAUUUCCUGAUCGUUUCUUCGUUCCUUGGCACAUUUUGCAGGGAUUCCACAACAACUAAAAUAUGUCAUCGCCGCUAGCAAAGCCACAGAUAAUUGCGCAUAUACAGAAAAGUUUAAACUACACGGUGUUUGACUCCAAAUGGAUUCCCUGCAGCGCCAAGUUUGUCUGUUUAGGUAACUUUGCCCGAGGAACAGGUGUUAUGCAGAUAUAUGAAGUACAACAUGGGGAAGCUCAACUCGUGAAGGAGGUAGAGAAACCUAAGCCUAUAAAAUGUGGUACAUAUGGGGCCACAUCACUUCAACAAAGACACAUAGCAACGGGAGAUUUUGAUGGAAAUCUCAACAUAUGGAAUCUAGAGACCCCUGAAGUAGCAGUUUACUCAGCUAAAGCCCACAAAGAGAUAAUUAACUGCAUUGAUGGAGUUGGUGGUUUAGGGAUUGGUGAUGGAGCACCAGAGAUUGUCACUGGAAGCAGAGACGGAACUGUUAAGGUAUGGGAUCCUAGACAAAGAGAUACACCUGUUGCCAACAUGGAGCCUAUCGAAGGAGAGACCAAGCGGGACUGCUGGACUGUUGCAUUUGGGCAUGCCUUUAAUGACCAGGACCGCUGUGUUUGUGCUGGUUAUGAUAAUGGAGACAUCAAACUUUUCGACCUGAGAAACAUGUCUCUACGAUGGGAGACCAACAUUAAGAAUGGGGUAUGCUGUGUAGAAUUUGACAGAAAAGACAUUAACAUGAACAAGUUGGUGGCCACCUCACUGGAGGGAAAAUUCCAUGUUUUUGACUUGAGGACACAACACUCUGCCAAGGGCUUUGCCUCUGUUUCUGAAAAGGUUCAUAAAUCAACAAUUUGGCAGGUGAAACAUUUGCCCCAGAACCGGGACAUUUUUAUGACAGCUGGAGGAGCAGGAAACUUACACCUUUGGAAGUAUGAGUAUCCUGCUCAGAGAAGUAAAAAGGACUCUGAUGGUGUAGAUGUUGGAGUUGCAGGAACAGUUAAUCUGCUGCAGAACAUUACUCUGUCCACUCAGCCAAUUGCCAGCCUCGACUGGAGCCCCGACAAGCAGGGUCUCUGUGUGUGUUCAGGCUUUGACCAGUGUGUCCGAGUCCUUAUUGUAACAAAACUCAAUGUGGUGUGAACAGACUAGACCAUACACAACACACCUUCAUAGUGUAAUAAUAAUUUUAUUUACACUUGACUAUGGUAUUUGUGCAGUCUUUUUUCCUUUAAGAAGUUUCUUUUAGUGUUAUUGGACUUUGUUUAGUGUAAAAUUCAAGCCUUCAUAUCAGAAAUUUUAUAUGCUUUUUUAAAAUAAAGAUUUAUUAAGUUAAAAACCA